AUGGCUGAUUACCAUUACGACCAACGUCGCGGAUACGGCCACCCACAGAACAACCAACGAGAUGCCGCAUUCUCCAAUAUCUUCGGCGCUGCUCCGCCACCCGGUCGUUCGCAGACGAUGACCUCGUCCUCGGCAGAUAUGCACGCGGCACGUUCAAUGCCACAAGAUGGGCGAACGGCAACCAUGUCCUCUAGCAUGUCAGGCAUGUCCCAUGACAUGCGGAGGCAGCCUCCUCCACGACCUCAGCGAGGCUACGAUGAAUCAGCGUCAGGGCGGACGCGGACGAUGGACACGAGCAUGGCGAAUGGUUAUUAUCAGAAUCAGCGAAAUCCAUCGGGUGGAUAUCCACCUCCUAAUCAAUAUGGGAGGGGCCCAAUGCCAGGUCCUGACAGGAGACCUUAUCCUGGGCCUCCGCCGCAGCAUGGAGGCGCGCCACCAAGAUUUGACUCAAGAACGGCAACAAUGCAGAGUUCCUCUUCAGGCUAUGGUCCGCGGGCGCCUGCACAAAGAUAUUAUCAGGGCCCACCUCAGCAUCAAAGCCCCUCGGCCGCUAUGAGAGACGAUCCCUACAGGUCUCAAUCCCUCGCCAGUGUACCGAGACCAAACAUGUACCAGCAGAGUCCUUCGCAUAGUCAACAGCAAUCGCUGCACAGCUUCAGGGGAGCUCCUGUAAAUGCGCCCUCCGCUUCACGGACGACAGCGCAGGGCCGAGUUGUGCCGGAACGCCACGAUGAUCGCUCCAUGUCUAUGACUGGCUAUCCCCCGCCGGACCGAGAUGCACAUCAGACCAUGAGCGGCAGAGUCAUACCGAACCGAGCAAGAGCACCAUCAAACGAAACACCUACAAUGGAUGGCUACUCCAACUACAAUGGCUACGGGCCACCCCCGGGAACAGCUACACGAACAAUGAGCAUGGCUUCCUCGACUGUCGCAGGUGACCACAGCCGGACGAUGUCAAUGGCUAGUACCAUUACUUCGUCUGAUAUGCCUACGGACAUGAAGGAUCUCGCGCAUCGCCCCUCGAUAUCUUCCAGGUCUACUGGCGAAACUGACAGACCACCGACUGCCAAAGUCCGGACACCACUUGUCUAUCCUGCAUUGCUAUCUAGAGUGGCCGAGAAGUUUCAGCAGAAGAUAAUUACUGGAGAUAGGACAAAGAACGAGCUUACAUACAAGAAUGCCUUCAGUGGUUCUGAGGCCGUCGAUGUCUUAUCAUACAUCAUCCGCACCACAGACAGAAAUCUAGCCUUGCUACUUGGUCGUGCUCUAGAUGCGCAGAAGUUCUUUCACGAUGUCACCUACGAACACCGGUUACGAGACUCCUCGUCGGAAAUGUACCAGUUCCGAGAGACUUUGAUGGAUGAGCCAGAGGACAAGCCCCCAGUCAACGGUGUUUUCGUACUACUCUCCGAGUGUUAUUCGCCGACUUGUACAAGAGAUCAGCUAUGCUACUCGAUAGCUUGUCCAAGACGGUUGGAACAGGUCUCUCGACUCAACCUGAAGAUGCAGCCCGGCUUGAAGAGGGAGGACGACGCUGUCGCUAAUGAAGAUGAUAUCGACCAGACCGAUGAGCAGAAGCUCUGGAUUAACACUGUGCCGAAGGAGAUCGCCGAUAGUGUUGGUGACAGGGAGCAGAAGAGGCAAGAAGUCAUCUCUGAGAUCUGCUAUACCGAGAGAGACUUUGUCAAGGAUUUGGAGUACCUGAGAGACUUCUGGAUUCUGCCGCUCAAGUCAAAGAACUCGCCCAUUCCCGCUGCGAGGAGGGAGAAGGUUGUUCGGAAUAUCUUCACCAACAUCAUCGACCACCCAGCUCUCCACACCGUCAGCUCACGUUUCGCAAAGGCGAUAUCCGAGAGGCAACAGAAGAACCCUGUUGUACCCAACCUUGGUGACAUCUUUCUCGAAUACGUGCCUCAAUUCGAGCCUUUCAUCUUGUAUGGUUCAAAACAACUAGAAGCAAAGUUCGAGUUCGAGAACGAGCGUUCAAACAACACAUUCUUUUCCAAGUUCGUAGACGAGAUCGAGCGACGCAAAGAAUCACGAAAGCUGGAACUCAACGGUUACCUGACAAAACCUACGACCAGAUUGGCACGAUACCCGUUGCUGCUUGAGAACGUGCUCAAAUACACCGAGGACGGCAAUCCCGACAAGGAGGACAUUCCAAAGGUGCUUGUCAUGAUUCGCAGCCUGCUGAGCCGCGUCAAUGCCGAGUCUGGCAAGGCAGAAAAUCGUUUCAAUUUGCGACGUCUUCACGAUCAGCUGAAAUUUCGUCCCCAAGAUCGUGUGGAUCUCAGACUCACUGAAGAUGGUCGCGAGCUGGUAUUCAAGACAAACUUCAAGAAGACACCUAAUGAUCCGACUGAUAUUACGGCAUUCCUGUUUGACCAUGCAGUCCUGCUGGUGAGGAUCAAGCAAGUGGGCAAGACCGAGGAGGUCAAAGCCUACAGGAGACCAAUCCCGCUCGAAUUAUUAUCAAUUAGGGAGAUGGAUGAAGUCAUACCUCAGCACGGCAUGAAACGGUCGUCUUCAAGUUUGAUCCCUCUUCGGGCGGGCAACCAAGACAACAAGAAAACCGAGGGCUACCCAGUGACCUUUCGACACUUGGGCAAGAACUUUUACGAGCAAGUACUGUAUGCAGCGAAUCACACGCAACGCAAGAAGUGGCUCGAGUUCAUCGACACUGCCCAGCAACGGCUUAGAGCCCGAGCUGAUUUCUUCAACGUGAACGAAAUGUCUACUGGAUUCUUCGGACCGGGCAACCAGGUCAACACAGUAACUCCUUAUGAUGGUGGCCGCAAGCUGAUUUAUGGAACUGAUACCGGUAUCUAUGUAUCUGACCGCAAGAACAAGGAUGCAGCUCCCCGACGGGUAAUCGAAGUCCAAAGUGUCACUCAAGUCGAUGUUCUGGAGGAAUACGGCCUGCUCCUGAUUCUUUGCAACAAGACCUUGAUGUCAUUCUCCUUGCAGGCUCUGGAGCCCAACGAGCCAGCCAUGUCGAAACGUGGAAAGAAGAUUCAGAGUCACUGCACCUUUUUCAAGGCAGGCAUUUGUCUCGGCAGACACUUGGUCUGUUGCGUCAAGUCUACCGCCCUGUCGACCACGAUCAAGGUUUAUGAGCCUAAUGACGCCAUGAGCAAAGGCAAGAAACAAAAGGGCUUUGGCAAAAUGUUCAAUGCCGGCCAGGACGAGCUCAAGGCCUUCAAGGAAUUCUAUAUCCCCACAGAGUCUACGUCAGUUCACUUCCUAAAGAGCAAGUUGUGCGUUGCCUGUUCACGUGGCUUUGAAGUGGUAUCACUUGAGACGCUCGAAACCCAGAGUCUGCUUGACCAAGCAGAUACUUCCUUGGACUUUGUUGCGCGCAAGGAAGGUGUCAAGCCUAUCCACAUUGAGAGACUCAAUGGCGAGUUCCUGCUCAACUACACUGACUUCUCCUUCUUCGUUAAUCGCAAUGGUUGGAGAGCACGACCUGAGUGGCGCAUCGACUGGGAGGGUACACCGCAAACAUUUGCACUGAGCUACCCAUGGAUCUUGGCAUUCGAGCCGAAUUUCAUCGAGAUUAGAAACAUCGAAAAUGGAGCCGUGCAUAUUGUGCCACACCGAAACAUCAGGAUGCUUCACAGCAGUACGCACGAGAUUCUAUUUGCGUAUGAAGAUGAGAACAACCAAGAUGUUGUUGCGGCUAUCGAUUUCUGGAAGAAUAACCGGAAAUCGGAGAUGCCAACUCAGGAGAAGGGACAGGGUGUUCACUAG